AUGUUCACAUGUUUGCCAUCCAAACUACCGAAACAAUUAGGGAAGUUCCAAAGCCUCCAGAAAUUGGCAGCGACAGUCUGCCACUGGGCUACAGUCGGAGAUGGCAGAAAAUGUUCCUGUAGUGCCUUCCACAACGCCUCGCAUGUCUCCGUCACAAUCCUGGAGGCUGUGGAGCUAGCCAUCCUCAAGUUCAGGUUGGGGUCCCGCAGCCGCCCAAAACACAUUGAUAAUGCUCGGCAGUCGGCCAGCCACUUUAACAAAAUUCGGAGCAGCGUGGCCACACAGCCGGGAGGGCAAUAUGGGGACAGGGUCCUUCGGCUGAAGGCCCUCAGUCUGGCCUCGGACAGCAAGCCAGAGCGCCUCACAAGGCCCGCGGUGUCGUCGAGCUCUGAGUGGGAGGGACCAGAGCCCGUGUAUGACGACGAGUCGUCGGACCCCGAGUCUCUGAGCCCCAGAUUCAGCCCCGAGCCCUUGAGCCCUGCCUCUAGCCCCGAGCCCUGCCUCUAG